AUGGAGCUUUUCAUGCGAGGGCCAGACGAAGAAUCGUUCGUGUACCUCGCGAACUUCACGCUGCUAGGAUCGUCGGCUCGAUCGGGAUCAGAAGGCUGCGGUACUUCCUUCGACCCUCCAACGAUCGCGAAGAUGAACGAUCGUCGUCGCCAUCAGUCUACUUCGUUGAAUCUUCCGCUACAGGUUCUAUAUCUGUGCUUCGCAGAUACGUUACGAGAACCCUUCACGGUCUACUCAGCGAAUACGCUGUAUUUCAACACCAUCGUUUGGUAUGAACAUCUGAUUUGGGUUCCAGGCGUUUUUAUGCCUUAUCUUUUCUUGGCUCUCGUAGCGCUAUCUGCUCAGACGUUCUUUACAUAUCGGAUAUGGAACUAUGGGUGCCAUCACUUCGUCGCCGUGGAAGACGAUUCAUAUAACUAUAUGCGCAGUAGCGGUUCAAACCCAUCAUCGCCGUCCUGCCCAUCUUAUUUCAAUAUCACUUAUGUUUUCCGCCCAUGGUAUCUCAUUCGAUCGACUCCGAUAACAUCUCAACACCGAUCCAGAAGGUUCAUCGACCUCUCUGCCGCCAAAGCAAGCCAACGUUCUACUAAUUUCGUCUACUUGCCAUCCUCGUCGUCGGCACCGCUGUCGACAUCUCGAUAUCAGGCGGCCUUUGGGCCCGUACUGAAGUCGACGAGCUCGCUGCUUCAGCGGAUGAGGCUCCUCUCUGUCGACACUGGGAUGUGGACUGCGUUCAUCUCCUGUGGGACGGCCAUCAUGUUCUUCCGCUCCGGCUCUGAACAAACGAUGUGGGUCGGUCAAGGCCUUACUAAAUAA